AUGGCUCCGCGGGCGAGGCGCGGCGAGGCCUCUGAGCCGCAGGCCUUUCAUGAGCUGGGAGUCCGUGGCCGGAAAACCGGCGUCUUCCUGCCCGAUGGCGGAGAGCGCGACGAGCACGGCAUGCAGCCCCUCGAGGCCAUCUUCUCGUCGCCGCAAAAAGCCGCCGCCUCAGCCAACGGCGGCGCCGACGACUCUGGCAGCGAGGACAUGGAUAUAGCCUCCAGUGCCGGGCCCGGGCCUCGAACCCUGCUUAAGAACCAGCGCGACAUCAAGUAUCCCAUCCCCAGAAGCCGAUCCCCGCUCAAGACGAACCUCAACUCCGCUGCGCGUAAGAACCCGCACAUUGAGCGCCUCUCCUCUCCCGCGCGGGGCUCCGUCGGCGCCGAGGAUCGCGAUGCCACGGUGACGCGGAGGCUCGACUUUAACGCUAGGGCCGCAAAGUCGAAACUCGGGGGCGCCAAUGGCAAGCUCAAUGGCGUCAACGGCUCGACAAGGGACAUUGCGGAAGAGGACUCGAUCCUGAGUGGCCACGCUGAUCUGGACGUCGGGGACAUGGUGGAGGAAUCCCUGCAGAUGAUUGACGCUAUGAGCGGCGGCAGCGACGACCAUGAUGACGAGCCUGAGCCUCCCCAACCGUCCAUAUCUGAGGAUCUAGCAGAAGAGGAGCAAGAAGAGGACGAGCCACCUGUUCGGCGGGGCAGAGGGCGUCCACAACGCGAGGAUCGCCAGAAGCAGGGAACCCAAAAGAGCCAGCCGGCCAAGAAACGACGUUCACUUAGGAACUCGACUGGUGGUGACGGCGUAGAUGGCGCAGAGCAAGAACAAGGAGCCGAGGCCGACGACGACGACGAGCCCAGGCAACCGAAACGGCAGCGCACACAGGGCCCCGUGGCCCCGAAAGCGUCGGCGGCGGCAAAGACGAGCAACUCGGCCAAGGCGCCAGUCACGGCAAAGACGACGGCAGAAGCUCAAGCAAAGGCAGACAACAACAAGCCCAAGCCGAGAGGCAGACUUGGCCGAAAAGCAAAGGAAAGGGGUGCCGAGGAAGAGACGGGCGAGGCGUCCUUCAUGGCCCUGCAGCGUGGCCCGCCCAUGCCCAAGUCGCGCGGCCUCGUCUCGGUUCGUCGCGAUGCCGACGGCGUGACGCAGACGCGGUCGGGCCGGCACUCGUACCGACCAGUUGCCUACUGGCGCGGCGAGCAGGUCAUCCGGGAAGACGAGGAGCAGAGCGACAUGUUCCACGGGGGCGACUUUGUGCUGCCCUCGAUCAAGGAGGUGACGCGCGCCAAGGCCACGGCCGGCAGCGGCAGCAAGCAGGCCGUGGACGACGACGAGGAGCUGGAGGAGUGGGAGAUGAACCCAGGCACGGUGACGGGCGAGAUUGUGCUGUGGGAGCCCGAGCACGAGGAGCACCCGCCGGCCGACGACGAGCCGGUGCAGGUCAUGGACGACCGCGUCGCCAUCUCGGCCGACGCGAUCCAGACGUCGGACAUCAAGGACGCCACCUUUCGCUUCGCAAAGACGCUGACCAUGCCCUUUAUGGGCGCCGGCGUCGUCGACCUGCCGCCCGGGUCCGAGAAGCGGCCCAAGAACUCGCGCAAGAUGCACAUGGUCUUUUUCGUGCACUACGGCAAGGUGCUCGUCACCAUCAACGAGGCCCAGUUUCGCAUAUCGGCCGGCGGCAUGUGGUUUGUCCCCCGAGGAAACUACUACAGCAUCACCAACGACUACGACAAUCCCGCCCGCAUCUUCUUCUCGCAGGCGUGCGAGAUCCAGGCACCUCAGCCCAAUGAGUCGCCAGAGCAGUCGACGAUGGCGCUCGGGUACUAA